AUGACCAUCUGUUUGCGUCCCUACAGAGGACAGUACACUUCUUACUGAGGAGUAGGCCUUUGAUUGGUGUGCGGUGAAAUACGUGUGUGGAAACUUUUUUAAAUUGUGAGAAUAUAAACUUUAUUUUGAUGGAGGAACACGGAGAAACGUGUUUGGAACAAACCCAUUUAGUACAUAAAGAAGACAUUCCCGUGAAAAAAGUUUACUCGGGAGCAGAUUAUGAUGUACUAUUUGAGCCUGAUGUGUAUCUUAGCGAUCAAUAUAGCGACUUCGUGACGUCAUCAUCCUCAGAGAUCACAGCAAUCAUGAACCGUCUUCACGAAGUAUAUAGCACAGGAAACAUCAAGGGACAGAGACUACUGGACAUUGGAACAGGACCUUCUCUUGUCAACUUGAUAAGUGCUUCUAGAUGCUUUGAAGAAAUUUAUCUCUCAGAUUUUUCCACCGCUAACAGGGAUGCUCUGAAAAAAUGGCAGAAGAAAGAGGAAAGAGAAACUUGGAGUUGGGAGUCUUUCUUUCGUCAUGUGGCGAAGUUAGAGGGAAACGAAGACAGUUGGAACUCGCUACAAGAUGAAUUCCGAGAUAAAACAAAAGCCGUAUAUUUCUGCGAUGUGAACAACGCCAACCCGUUAAGUCCCGUGGAUACGUCCCCUUUUGAUACAAUCACCACCAGCUAUUGCUUGGAGACUGCGUGUCAGAACGAGGGGGAGUAUCGGCAAGCAAUGAAAAACGUUGCGUCGCUUCUGAAACCAAGGGGGUAUUUCAUUAUGCUGGCAGGGUUGAAGGAAACUUAUUAUCUGGUUGGAGGUAAUAACUGGCGAACGCUGCCCCUGCAAGAGGAACAAUACAGAGAUGCUUUGCAAAAGGCAGAUCUGGAAGUUGUUUCGUGGCAUCCUAUUAAACGCCAAGAGAAUGUUUUGGAUAUUGAGUCCGACUAUGUCGGUUGCUUUAUUGUCGUUGCGAGAAAGAAGAAUGGUCCUUAAAAAAAAGCUGUUAACCUGUUUAAUGAACAU